AUGCAGGGUACACCUGAGAGAAAGAAUCCAAGAGAUGGUGCUAAUGUGCUCUCAAUCAUAUUCAUUCAGUGGAUGCAGGAUUUGCUCAGUCUUGGAAAUAAACGGCCACUAACUGAUAAAGACUUGUUUCCACUUUUGGAAGAUUACAAAGCUGAAUUGCUCAUGGCCAGGGCUGAAAAAUGCUGGUUAGAUGAACUAAAAAACAGUGAUAAAGAAAACAAGAAGCCACAGUUAUGGAAAGCACUGAUAAAGCUCAUCCCAUGGAGAUCUGGUCUUGCAAUGAUAAUCUUAAGAAUUCUUUGGUCUUUGAGUUUUGUCUUGCUGCCAUUGUCUCUCUGGGUGGUGUUAAAGGAGCUAAAUGAUGGAACAGGUAUGGAUAUGAAACGAGCAUCCAUGUAUGUGGCACUUUUAGCGCUAAUAAGCAUUGUGAAAGCAGUAUCAACUCCACACUAUGACUAUAUCACCGAGCUCUGGGCUUUGAAGCUGAAAGUUGCUGUAAUAGGACUUGUUUACAAGAAGGUAAGAGUUGUUUUAAAGUAGAUUUUAGUUUUAGGGGGCUAAGUGGUGUUGUUUUGUUGUGUUUGGGAAGGUGUGUGUGGCAGGAGGCCCAUUCCUCUCGCCUUUAUGGGGUUUUGCCAAAUUGGCCUCUGGCAAAAGAGGUGCCUACCGGUAUAUACUAGCUGUCUUCUAGAGUUGCCCUUUUAAAGAAAGUUGACUACAGAGGCAUUACAUUCUUUGGCAGUCACUGAAGACAGUUCCAUGACAAAUGGUCUGAACAAAAUUAGCCUAUGGUGAAGGUUCUACUGUAGCUUCUAAGCUUUGACAAAAAGCUAGUUUCGGAAAGAGCUUAAAUAAGGAUAUAAAUAACCAGGAAGACUGGGGAAGUUAGAGUGAGAAAGAAUUAGUAUGAUCCAUAAGGGGAAGAGAAAGAAGAAAGCCUUCUCUAAAAUGCAUCCCACAUGUACCUGUGUUUUGCAAAGAAAAUUGUCAGAAAAGUACCUUGCAGAAGUAUUCUUUCAUCUUUAAGUGCACUGUAGCCAGUAAGAUGGUGAAAUAUCUGUUCGGAAGACGACUUGAGAUCUAGAAUUUUCGGAGCAUUUGUUGUUCAAUUUCUUGCUUGCCUGCCUCUCCUAGGAUUUUCGAACUCCCCCAAAAAUGGUAUAAUUGCCCAUUUUUAACGGAUUUUUACCCUAAAAAGGUCACCUAGAAUUUUCGGAAGCCUUUUUUUCUGGCUGAAAUUUUCGAAAAGGUAAGUUUUGAUCCCUAUAACUUUCGGUUUCCGCUAGGAAAUCCGAACAGAUGAAAACAUUUUAAGGGGAUAAAAAUUUGCCUAUAUCUACCGUUUAAAUACUAAAAUACUUUUAACAAUGCUAUGUUUAAAUGGUUUUGAACUAUAUUCACGUUGGGUGCCCCUGAAUUUUAAGCCUGGCCCCGGCUAUUCAAAAGUUGGACACCGGAUAAAUUGCUAUCCAUUGGAUAAGUAUUAGUAUUUAUUAUUGUUGUUUUAUUUCUCAUGCACUGUAAGUACGUUCCGUAAAAUAAUUAACCAACAAAAAAAUCAUUUUACUGCUGUUAAUAGUAACAGGCCUUUUGCACCAAGAGGUCAUGUGACAUCGUUUUACGAAAAUGAAAGUUACAUGAUUUUUUCUUCAAAAAACGAUAUGUGGGUCCUAUUUUUAGCAAAAUAAUAGUGAUUUGGUUUUUCAAACCUGUACCAUUUUCUUAAAAUGAGUGAGUGGGUAGCUGGUCACGUGACCAAACUGUGAUUUUUAAAAUUAUGAAUUACCUCUUUCUAAACACAAAUUUUGCACUUAAACUUCAAGGAAAGUGUUGAAAAGUUGAUGUGGGAAUGUUUACAGCACAUCUGAUCUUAACUAUCAAACGUUAACAAGAUCUAAACAAAAAUUAGUUUUGGCCGCCGUGUUGGAGGGCAAGAGUAUGGCCUCCAACAUGGCGGCCAAUACAAAUGAUACUACUUUGUUGAAAAAUCAAAGUGCCAUAAAAUAUCUCCCUUAAAUGCGUUUCCUCUCAAAUUUCGGGUGUAAGAUAAUUUUUAUAUGCUCUGUCAAUUUUUGGCAUCAGCAAGAUUCCAACUCAUUGUUUAAAGGAAGCAUUGGUCACGUGACCUCUUAGUGCAAGUGGCCUAUUCUUUCGGAUUUAUUUGAUCUGCCUAAGUUCUGUUUGUUUCUAUUGCUGCUAGGUACUCUCGCUAAAUCGCUAUGGAUUGGAAUCAAAAUUGUCUGGAAACAUCAUAAACUUGGUAUCGAACGAUGCACAAAAAGUCGAGAAGUUCCUGAAAGAUCUAGGCAUGAUUAUGUCUGUCCCUUUGGAACUAACAAUCAGCCUGGUUAUCCUGUGGUACUUGGUUGGCUGGGAGGCUUUCAUUGGUGCAGCUUUCUUUUUCAUUUUAAUGGCCUUUCAAGUGGUAAUGGCAAGAAAGGCUGCGAAUCUUAGAUACAAAGCAGCAGCGUUUACAGAUCAGCGUCUUGCGGUGAUGAAUGAAAUUAUUUCUGGAAUUCGAGCGGUGAAAAUGUAUGCUUGGGAAUGGAACUUCAAGGAAAUCUUGUAUGAUCUUCGCAGGUAACGGGUUUCCACAUAAUGAUUACAGUGCUUAAAUGUAGCUUCUCGGCUUCAAAUAAAGGCAAUAUACCACAGUACUAACACAAAAUAUAGAAAGAAAGAAAAAAAAGAAAAGAGGAGAAAAGAAAGAAAAGCAAAAACAACAAAAACAAAAACACUAUUUUCUAUGCGAAGCCAAUGGACAUCAACGAUUAAUCCGUUUCGGUUUCCGCUUAUCGGAGCUUAAAACAAGGAAACGAAUCAAUUAAUGCGUUGUACUCCGCGUAGUUAUCAGCGGCCGCUGUACGGGCGAUCAAACGAGGUUUAGUAAAGGUGGCCUUAAGUAGAGCUGUGCGCUUACGAGAGAGACUGCGCGCACCCGAAAUCUCACUAUGGUUCCUAAUUGUUAGCUUGCCCACAAAUGUUUUUCCCCUUUUUUUUUGUAAUUUAGCGAGUGAGUGAUUCGAUCGGCGAGCGCGCGAGUAGUUAAUAAAUUCCCCGCGGUUUAUAUCCUCAUACGUGAGCUCGAAGAUCUCUAAAGGGAAAAUAGUUGGUUUCUGAACGGGCUACUAAUAGUUGUUUUACAUUUACUUCUUUUGCAGAAAGGAGAUGGCGAUAAUUCGUUUGAAAGGCAUCAUUGUUUCCCUCCUUAUUGUUUUGUAUUACACUACUCCUCCCGUCGCCGGUCUGAUUGCAGUAACAAUCCUCGCCCUGAUAGGAGCACAUCUAUCUUCUUUUGUGAUAUUUACACUUAUCAUAAGCUUUGUGACGAUGAGGUUUAUUUUCUGCGUCAACCUAAGUCAAAUCUUGUACCAGGCCAUCGAUGCUAAAGUUGCACUCGACAGAGUGCAAGUCUUUCUUAAGGAAACAGUUUCAAACUCCCAUGGAAUGGCGGAGCAGCUCGAGAAUAGCCCUCCCCUGUCAGAACAAGAAAAUCCUAAAGAUAAACUUUUUGUACAAUUUAAAGGUACGAAGAAAAUGCCCAACUACAGGGGAAAAGACGAACUGGCAGAUGAAUGUUCUCUUACAUUUGUCUCCAACGCAAUUCCUACUGCAAACAAAGAGACAGCGGCUUCAAUCAUGGAUACCUGCGUAAGUGGACAUACAUCUGCUUUAGGUAGUACUGAUGAAACGAUUGACUCAUUUAUCUCAAUUUCGGAUGCAUCGUUUUCUUGGAAUGAAGGUCACUACUCCGACACCUUAAGCAGCAUAACUUUAAACAUUAGUGGAGGGGAAUUGUUUGCAGUAACGGGUGCAGUCGGAAGUGGAAAAUCCUCUCUGCUAACAGCUAUUCUUGGCGAGUUACCACUUCGAAAUGGAUCGGUUUCAUUUCGUGGGAAAGUGGCUUACGUUCCUCAAAUGCCCUGGGUGUUUUCUGGAACUGUUAGGGAGAACAUCCUGUUUGGUCUGUCAUUUGACGAAAAGAGAUUCCAACAUGUUGUUCAUGUCUGUAGUUUAACGAAGGACUUGAACGAUUUUCUCAACGGCGAUCUGACGGAAAUUGGACAACGUGGAGUAACACUCAGUGGAGGUCAGAAAGCGCGCGUAGGUUUAGCACGAGCAGUUUAUUCAAACGCUGACAUUUUUCUUCUCGAUGAUCCACUGAGCGCAGUCGAUACCAAGGUCGGAGGCAAACUUUUCGAAAGCUGCAUUUUAGGAGAGCUGUCAGGUCGUGUUCGCUUACUGGCGACCCACCAGCUACAGUAUCUGACAAAGGUGGAUAGGAUUGCUGUGUUGGAAAAGGGUUCAAUUACGCACCUGGGAGGGUAUGAGGAACUUAGAGAGAAAGGAGCCUUUCACGGUAUUGUGGAAUUGUCAGAGCCCAGUGAUAAGAAAACCGCAAGGAGCUUAGAGAAAGACAGCCUUGAACUUCCCGUUCUGACAUUAUCUGACAAAGGAGCGCAAGAAUCUUCGUUGGAUUGUUUGGAUGUGAAAAUAAAGAGUUCAGGUGUAUGUCAGGAUGGAAGCGCGGAGCCUAAACCAUCAGAAAGCUUACGGCGGGUGAGUGUGGUUGACGAUAGCGAGGAAGAGAGCAAUGAAAAGUUGCUAGGUAAAUCCUCGCCUUCCCUUGUUCUGUCUGAGAAAGAAUGUGGCCUUCUAGAUGAGCUGGAGAUCACUGAACUGGAAAGAAAUGGGACUGAAAUUACCGGCGUGCUUGAACACAGCAUUCGGGAACUUUUUGCCCAUUUUUCGUUUGAACGAGGGGAACGUGAAUCUUUGUUGGCUUUCUUUGAGAUGGAUAAGAGUUUAGCUGACUGUCAGGAAGAAUGCACCGAGUCUAAAUUCACCGAGAAUUCGCAGAGCGCGAGUCACACUGUAAAGCAAAGCGAGGAAGAUAUCAAUAAAAAGCUGUUGGGAAAAUCAUGUACCAAACCUCUUUCGUGUGAAGAAGAAAGCGAUAGUGAGUUGGCUGAACUGGGUGAGGCUAGUUCCCCAGAGAGGGUUUGUCUCAUGGGAAAGCAGACUGAUCAGAGACCUGUUCGCGAUUUGAAGGAAUCAGAAGAACAAAAAAGCAGUGGUACUGUUACUUGGCGUCUCUAUUGGAGGUAUCUGAAUCAAGGCGUUCCCGUUCCAAUGAUAAUCCUCGUUGCUCUUCUGUUGAUUGUCGGACAAGGUAAGACCGAACACAGAAUUUCAAUUACAGUAAAACCACACUUUGCGCGGACAUCCGCUUAAUACGGACACCCAUGAGACGCCUCCUUAUUACGGAAGUUUGCUUUGUCCUAGACUGCGAGCAGCCUCUCUUUUUCUUCAGAUUUAGUAAGGGGAGUGCACGCGCACGCGAGCGUUGAGCGGGACGCGAGAAACGAGGGCGGCAGCCUGUGUCGUGCCUCUCUCGUCUCGCGCCUUCAGUCACGCGCGUGGUCAUUUGCGUGUUUCGGGCGUUUUGCUCGACGGACCAAGAAAAAAGAGAGACUGCUCGUAGUCUAGCUUUGUCCCUGGGGAAAGAAAACCGUUACAUUGUCUUUAAAUUCAACCCGCUUAAUACGAACUCCCCAUUGAUACGAACACUUUCUUUGCCCCCCUCAGUGUUCGUAUUAACGAGGUUUGACUUUACUUGUUUUAUGCAGAAAUUGGUGAAAACGCCAAAGUCAAACUUUAUCAAAGUAGGUUUAGCACAUAUCAAGUAAGGAAUGAACUGGUUUAGUAUUACCGUAAUCAUCUAGAAAACUUACGAACCCAGGCUGGAAACUCGUACUCAAUUCCGCACUCGUAAGAGGACGUCCAAGCUAGAAAAAUCGCUGAAGGCGUCGUUAUUACAUUGAGACGUCCGUUUUUAGCACCAGUAUUUUUGCUUACCUAACCGUUUUAGAUACUGUUUCUGUUACACUGGAUCAAGAGCCAUUAUGGCUCUUGACUGGAUAUAAUCAGGACGAUUUCUCCCUUCCUUUCUGAGUUUUUUUUUUUGUUGACAUGUGAAAGUAAAUUGGUCGCAAAACUGAAUUAGAAGGAGGAGAACGGCCGUCAGGCCUCGAAAAAAGCGGCCUAAACUUGCCUUGCCCGGAAUAAGAGCUGCUUGCUAGCAUUUGAACUUGCCUCGGAUUUUAGCUCAAUCGGAAUUUAGUAAUCUCACAGAUACUCUUUAGAUAAAUCAUCCUUUUUGAGGUUAGAAGUUAAAAACUGACAUGGUGGAAAUUGUUUCAGUUUGUCUCUUAGCACCAAACUGGUGGUUGGCUAAAAUGGUGGUGAUGUCACGAGAGGAUCAAAAGGCGCCUGUCACGCAACUCAUUCACGGUUGUCUUGUCUUCGCGAGCAUUUUUUUCAUGGCAGUAUCCUCUUUAUUCUUUUACUACAUUCUCUUGAAAGCGUCUGAAAACCUUCACAACAAAAUGGCUAAUGCAACCAUCAAAGCCCCUGUGCUGUUCUUCGACACUAAUCCAGCUGGCCGUAUAUUGAAUCGCUUUGCCAAAGACAUUGGUUCUAUGGACGAUGUGUUACCGCCCAUUUUUCUACAAGCUCUCCAGUUAUGCCUUUCGUCGAUUGGUGCUAUUUUGGUUCCCGCUGCUACAAACUAUUGGCUGUUUUUGGCCCUCCUUCCGAUUAUUGCAAUUUACGUUUAUUUCGGAAAAUAUUUCUUAAAGUCUUCUAGAGAGCUUAAGAGAAUUGAGGCCAUCAGAUGUAGCCCUGUGUACUCACAUAUCACAGAGACAGUGAAUGGGCUUGAAAUAGUGCACUCUUCAAAUAUGAACAAGACAUUUCUCGACAGACUUCAGAGGUCAGUCUUUGUAUAUGUUUUGUACUUGUUAUUUUGGCUAGGUCGUCCACACGUACGUUUUUGCGUUUCUAAACAAAGAUUCUUUUUUCGUGUUCAAGCUUAUCGUAUGAUGUUUACGGACCAUUUACGAUUGUCCUUAAAGGUGAUGUUACACGAGACAAUUCGCAACGACGAUUUUUAGCGCAACACAGCGUAGCAAUGGUGGAAAAAUAUUGCAAGCAUUCGAAACAAUGUUCCCACAAUGUUGUAGAGCUGCGUUGUGCUAAAAAUCGUCGUUGCGACUCGUCUCGUGUAACAUCACCUUAAGAGCUCGUAAACGUUUCAGUUGAAGGGAGCCUGGGCAUUGAACACGCGUUGUGACGUCAGCGCUUACAAAACGAUCAGUGUAUGAAAGUGUGUUGUUUGUGUUGGGAUGGAAAGGCUAAGAGCUGAGAAAAUUUUUCGUUUACGAAGUCAGAAAGCUGGCGAGUUGACCAGAGAAAGAAUGUAAUAUUUCUUGAUCUUUUUUCAAUAAUAUACAUGAAAAUAUUUCUCAUAUCUGACUGGCUGAGAGCAAUACAUUUUUUCGUGAUCACAGUGCAAAAAAGGUGAACUAUAAUGCAAAUAUCUCAGAAAAUGAGCUGCUCUAUGAUUGGCUAAUAAACAAUAUAAAUAUAAAAUAACCAAUCAGGUGCCGCAAUCGUCAAAGUAACCGUUAUACAAAAAAACCCUGCCUUUUGACGCCUUUUCACUCAUAUGACUGCAAAUGUUGAUAGGUUGCUUUUGAAAAAAUCGGCUAGAUAUGUACUCCAAAAACGAAAAACACUGUCACGAGUAAUACAAAUUGAUUUAAAUGCCGGCAAUAAAGAGCCACAUCUACCAACUAGCGCUAUUUAUCGUUAUGAUCCUUUUUCCAGGUAUCAAGACGAAAACACGCAAGCAUUCUUUCUUGUGCUGUCGUGUAAUCGCUGGUUAGCUCUUCGCCUGGAUCUCCUGUCCAGUUUGUUCGUCACCAUCGUUGCAUUCGGUGCUAUUUUACUCACUGAAAAUCCAGGUGAGUGAACCAUUCCUUGUAUCCAAGAAAAACGACUGAAAGUUUCUUUUCAUCUUACAUUGAAUUUAUGAUUUCACUGCGAACAUUAAUCUGUAAUUUGUAAACGGUAAACAGAAAGCACAACUAGAAAGGACGUUUUUUUUAAGUUUCCUCUGUGUCAGUGAGAAGUUUGUUUUUGUUGCUAUAUAUUAUUUCGUUGUCUGCGUUUUGUUCCAUUCUUCAGCGUGGAGCAUUGUUGAAUGCUCAUCAUGGUCAUUUCAACCUACAGAGGUGUAUGCUUUAUAUUUCCAGCAAUUUUUAAAAUAGAUAAAAUCAUUUAAAAUAUAUAAAUAACUUUAAUAACAUUUUAAAGAGAUUUAAUACCACGUUUACGACAAACGGCAAAAGUCAAACAUCAAAUGCAAGUUGACGAUUUCUCAAAAAAGAAAUUGAACAGGUAAAAACCUUGCAGACUACUUCCUAUGGAUGAAACUAGCGCGAAAACUCGUUUUUAGGUAUAAUAUACGGUAAGCAACAAGUAAAGGGUAAACUUGGUCACGUGGUACAAUUUGACGUUUACUCGAUCGUUUUCCUUAAACGUGAUUCAAAUCUCUCUAAUAAUUAGACGACAAUUUCCUACCAUUAGAUUUGUCUUUUUACCACAACUAGGUUUUUCUUGUAGAUGUCUCAAAUUCUUAUAUUUCCCUUGGGUGGGCACCCCACAUGGGUCUAAGUGUCCCAUUCGUGCUCUUCCUUUUUGGGCAGUAAGAGUUCAUUUCAGAGUUACAAAAACUCCCACUUUCAAACAAGGCUAACUGAAAAAUCUUUCUUGUGGAAAUGGGUUUCAUUUGCAAGCGCAAAAAAAAAAAUUCUGAAUCGGGGCUUUGCACUUAGCCUCGCUUUGAAACACAGGCUUGAGGUACCGUAACUCGGAAAAUGGCCUAUUAAUUCUUGCUUUUUAUCAUGUAUGUACCGUAAAUCCUCUAUUUAGCCCACCCCCCUACUCUCCAAUAAGCCCCACCGCUCUCUUUUAAUCCCUUCCCCCUCUCCCUUAUUAUUCUUCUCUAAUAAAUGAUAGACUGUAUUAAUCAAUCACCGGACUGUAAAACUUCUUGUACUUGAACUUUUCCACUUUGUUUUUCGGUUCUUUUAGGAAAAUUGAUACUAUCGUCUUUGCGAAAUUAAAUACCCCCCAAAUGGGCUUGAAAUAAAUAAGUCCCCAGGGGGCUUAUUAGAGGAUUUACGGCACAUUUCAUUUUGUUUGACCUUGCCCAAUAAAGUAUAGUAAGUAGUAUGGAAAGUAAAGUAAUGUAAUUUUGCAAAACAUAGCAAUAUUAUUAUUAUGGUAAUUACGUUAUUGUUAGUCACCUUUCACAGUUUUAAGUUGUGAGUACUUGAUUGGGUAUGAGUCGAUUUGAUUUUGGAAUGUCAAUCCUUUUAUGCCCCCCAGUACUGCUACUCUUUGCUUUGUUGACUAGCAAAUAGCCCCUAACCCCACACUUUUUUUCCCUGUUAUUUGCGUGGUCCCUACUAUCUGAAUGCCUGGAACAGGCUGCGGAAAACUUAAAACAAGAGUGGCAUCCGACGGAAUAUAAAGACAGGGAUUGAUAAAUCGUAAUUCUCUUUUUUUACUAGCCUUGGCUGGACUGGCUCUCUCGUACGCGCUUCAGACAUUAAACGGAACUCAGUAUGGCGUUAGACUUUCUUCAGAGGUAGAGAACUGGAUGACGUCCGUCGAACGUGUUUUCACGUACACUGAAAUUGAAGCUGAGCCCGGUUACAGCACCGACACACGCCCCUCGGAGUCUUGGCCCGAUAGAGGAGAUCUGAAUGUACAAGACCUUUCUCUUGUGUACUUUGAAGGCGGACCGCUUGUGUUAAAAGAUAUUAGCUUUUGUGUUAAGAGUAAAGAGAAGGUAGGAGUUGUUGGUCGCACUGGUGCUGGAAAGUCAUCUUUGGUAUCUGCUUUGUUCCGUAUGCCUGAACCUGUUGGUAAGGUAAGUUAGUCCUUGGAGUUCGAUAUUUCACGCAAACAGAUAGACGGAUGGACGGACGCACGUAGCGUGCAAGCAAGCACCGCUCGGGGUGUCUGCGCGCCCAGAGCCAAGGACGCACUGACAGAGAAACAGACUUUGUUUAAUUAUCUAAUGGUUUAUUUAUUUUACACAAAGAGUACAUGGAACUUAAUUCCGUUUCACAGAGCGGACAAGUAAGAAAAUGCAUGUGUUAUAGUUGCAGUUUCAUCCUUUUCGAUCAAUAAUGGAUUCACUCGGUGCUGUGUAAAACAAACCUGCUGAUGAAAGAUUCCCUAUGGGAUAGUAUUUGGCAUACUCCACUUGGAUACACUUGCCAAUGAUCCUAGCUAGUGCUGUAAUUUAUAUUCUUAACCGUUUUAUGCUCGAUUUGGUUUCCUUGCAGUUCAUGUACAAGUUCCACUAGAACUUGUACAUGAAGUGCACGAUUUGUGUAACUAUGUAACAUGGUAACACAUUUUUUUCUUUUGACAGGUUUUAAUUGAUGGCGUUGAUAUCACCUCUCUUUCGAUCCAAGAAGCUCGAAGAUCUAUGGCUGUUAUUACCCAGGAUCCGGUGCUAUUUGGAGGUUCUCUAAAAAAGAACAUGGACCCAUUCUCACAGUACACGGAUCAACAACUCUGGACAGCUCUUGAGGAGGUGCAGUUAAAGACAGUUGUAAAAGAUCUUCCAGGGCAGCUCAACUUUAGGUUAAGAGAAUCCGGAACAAACCUUAGCGUUGGAGAGAGACAGUUGGUGUGUCUUGCUCGUGCAUUGGUGCAAAGAAGCAAGAUUAUUAUCAUGGAUGAGGCCACAGCUAAUGUAGACUUCAAGACUGAUCAUCUCAUCCAGGAAGUCAUUCGUCACAAGUUUAAGGAUUCUACAGUGCUGACCAUUGCACACAGACUUAACACCAUUAUGGAUUAUGAUAAGGUCUUAGUUCUUGACGGUGGACGGGUGGUGGAGUUUGACAACCCAGACGUGUUGAUAAGAAAUGAUGGAUUGUUUGCAGAGAUGGUUAAGAGCCAUAAUCAGAGUGUAAAAAGUUGAGGACAUGGCGAACUAAAUUGACAUAAACGGACAUUUCAGUUCUAACAAUGAGCUGACUGCUGAAAAACCCUUACUUCACACUGAAAUCCUGAAAAGGCAGUGUGAAAAGUGGAUUUUUGAAGAACGACGAUAUAUUUUGUACACUUACUUCAAGGCUGUGCUUUAAAAAAAAAAAGGUCUCGCUUUGAAAAUAUUUUAAAUGCGGAGAACAAGGUGUCGCAUUGGUGAAAGCACUCGCUUCCCACCGCUGUGGCCUGGGUUCGAGUCCCUUCCCCAUAGGACACCGUGUAUGGGUUGUUGUUGGUUCUUUCCCUUUUAACCUAGUUAGACCUACGACAUGAUAGAGGAAGAUCCACUCUAUGGAUUUGCCACUAUCAUAGUCAUUUUUUAUUGCCAAAGAGCAAGGCGAACGAAGACGGUCGGCUUGCGAGACGGCCAGCUUAAUGCCACGCGAAGUAUCGCAGAUUGUGUAGAUUCCCUAGGGAUUUUAGUGGCGUUAGACUUCACAUGUAGUUUCACGUGCUUUUGAUGACCUUUGUUGUAAACAAACGAACCUUCAAAGUUCGGACAUUGUUCUCUGUCGCACUACUGUACUUAUACGAACUACAACUCGCUAUUCCAAGUUCGCGCUAAUCUACAAAUGUUAUUUCCCUUUUGCUGUUUGACACUCGACAAGUUGGAGGUUCAAAAAUGUCCAAGCAGAAGAAUAAGAGCGAUUUUAAGGCCAAGAGCAUGGCAGAAAUGUAGGAACGAGGAGUGCUUGUAGUGGAAAUUCUCGGCUCAGCAGCUAAAAUGGUUUUAUAAGCAUUGGAACUAAAACCGUUGAUGUAGGCAAAUUCUUUUUCUUUCUUUGGCACUUAGCGAAAGCUACAACUAGUCUAUAAAUGCUGGAACGUUGAACCUUAUCGCGAUUUAUCGGAUUUGUUGUAAAUAGCAAAUUUGAAUGGUUAGUGAAAUGCCUUCCACGGCGUAAUGAGUAUUUCAUACCCAAUCAUAAAAAGGAUG